ACUAAAUUCUACAGACUGAGAUCUGUGUGUCGCAAUCUUAGGCUAUUAGUUUAUUUUCUCUUAUUAUUUAAGUACCUAUUAUUUUUAUUAAUUCUGUUUGGCUGAAGUCUGUACUGGACGAUGGAGGAGCACAGCGCUGUAAUACAAGUUCUGCUUUUUAUCACGUUUUCUGUUCAUCUGUCAUCAGGAGUCACACACACUCUGGAGUACAGUUACACUAUGGUCACACCGGGAAGCCAUUUCACUUCUGUUGGUCUGUUGGAUGGAGAGGAGUUUAUGUACUACAACAACAACACAGCAAAGAUGACCCCAAAGACAGAGUGGAUGAAGAAUGAGAUUGAUUCAUCUUACUGGGAGAGAGAGACACAUGAUGUGGCGGUUAAACAGGACUGGCUCAUGAGCAGGCUUCAACAUUUGACCAGCUCUAGUCAAGAAGUUAAUACACUACAGAGGGUGUACGGCUGUGAGAUUGAUGAUAAGAACAUCACUAGUGGAUAUGAUAAGUCCAUAUACAAUGGAAAGGACUUCAUCAGUCUGAAUCUAACCACUGGAACCUGGACUGCAGUAGAUGAACGAGCUCAGAGGUUUACAGAGGGCUGGAAUCCUGAGCGAAAACCUGCUGAUGACUGGAAGGACCUCCUGGAGGGAACGUGUAUUGAACACUUACAGAGAUACAUGCCAUAUAGCACAAAGAAGGAGGAUCCAGGAGCAGCAGAGGAAAGAUCAGAUGUAGGACCAGAAGGAGGACCAGAAGGAGGAUCAUAUAGAGGAUAUAAGACUGCCGUCACUUCUAUGGUUGUUCUGGUUCUGGUUCUUGCUGCUGCUGCUGUUGGAUUUGCCAUCUAUAACAAGAAGCUCUGUGCUCAUUUAAGAAGUGAAUAUGUUGGAGCUCGUCAGAACCCUGAGCAGUGAGAUGCAGAGAUGCAUUGUGCUGCUAAAAGCCUUCCUUCAGCAAUGGAUUCAUCCUGCAGCUGUACUGUGACCAGAUGAUGGCCUGAGUUCAGGAUUCACUGUCGAGGCUCCAGACAAACAUAAAUCUUUAAUUCAAUUAAAUUUUAUUUGUAUAGCGCUUUUAACAAUGGUCAGUGUCACAGACCAACUUUACACAAUCAAAAGAAAAUUAUGGAAAUGUGUAUAAAAUGUAAGAAAUAUGUAUGAAUCAGAAUGAUCAGACUGUUCUUGAUGAGCAAGCCGAGAGCAACGAUGGCAAGAAAAACUGCCUGAGCUAGCAUUAGGAAGAGACCUUAAAAGAAACCAGACUCAGCGGGGAACGCAACCUCAUUUGGGUGGUAACAAAUAAUCUUAAGUGGUCUGUGGCUCCUAAACCCCAAAUAUUUAUAAACCAAAUCAAAUUUUCAGGAGGCAAAACUGAACACUUAUCAUAACAUGAAGCAGUGCUUUGCUAAUAUUAUCUAAUACAGAUGAUUGAAUCGCUAAUAAAUCUGACUGGAACAACUAUAUAUAUAUAAAAAAAAACACAUGGAGCUCAUAUGAGACCUGGCAAAAGGAAGUUCCCCUAGCAGAUAACAGGAAGCAGGGAAUAACUGUUUAAAGUACACUGUGAAAGGGAAUGCAGAAACUCACUAAUGUUAAUUACUUUGCCAUAACUCUAGAGGACACACAUAAAUUAAAAUGUUUUUUUCACAAAUUCAUGUGCGUCCUCUGUGAUGCAUUCCCACAACUAAAGUACAGCUGGCAGUAAACGAAAUAACUGAUUCUCUUAUUUUUCAAUGCUGUUUUAGGCUAAUGAAAUGUAAUGGUAUUUUGGAUUGGUUAAUCUCAUAAGCCAAUUGUACCCUGACACAAAUCAGUGAAAAAUAACAUCAGUUUCUGGAAAAAGCGUUGAACAUAAUUCUUUGGAUACAUCACAUAGUGCUAGUGGAAAAAGUAUGUGAAUCCCUGAUUUAAUGACCCCAAAAAAUCUAAUUAGUGUCAGGUGUUGUCGUACCUGGAGUCUUGUUAAGCAAAUGAGUUUAGAGGUGUGGAGCUACUUCGAGAGAUAAAAAUAUAUAUAUAUAUAUUUAAACAUUUUGAGUUUGCUCCACACAAGAAGAAUAUGUUAAGGUGAACCAUGUCUCACCAACGAUAGCUUUCAGAAGAUCUAUGAUCAAGAAUUGUUGAUUUACAUAAAGCUGGAAAGAAUUACAAAGUGAUUUCAAAGACUUUAGAAGUUAGGCAAAUGGAGACUCUUUGAGACUGUGGUUAUCUAUCAAAAAGUGGGCGCCCAGUCAAAAUGACCCGAAGAGCACAACGAAGACUCAUCAGUGAAGUAAAGAAACAACUCUGAGUGAUAGGCAAAGACUUGAAGCUUUCAUCAGAGCACAAAUCAAGCUGCUGCCUAUUAUAAAGAACACAACUGCAUGCCUGAAGGUUGCGAAAGAGCACAUUGACACUCCACAGCAGUAUUGGCAAAAUGUUCUGUGUACUGAUGAAACUGAGAUUGAACUUGUGAUUAAUGUUGUAGUGUGUGAUAUGACAGAGUUAAAGCAAUUCUGCCAGGAAUAAUGGGUUUA